AUCUAGUACUACUACCCCCCAGACCUCAAACCACUUUGUCCUUGUUUGAGUGAUCAGUUACCUAAUUUGUACCCCUUCAUCACCGAACUUUGUUCCCUAUCAAGUGAACUUUCGGACACAAAACAAAGAAGAACGGGUACCUAGUCCGGUUAUCUCAUCUCAUCUCAUCUCAUCAUCUCGCCAUCACCCAACAUCUGCAUCCGAUAAGGAUCACAAACAAACGGGAGAGGACAAGAAAAGUCAUCACAUCCCACACCAACACAACAUAUUUUGUGCUCCGUACCUUAUCCAUCCUUCAACGGUCGAACAUCAAACAAACAAAGAAACCAACAUCCUUGCCCCUGUCCACUAUCUAAAUAUAACAUCCUCACACAAACAACGGCAGUUAUCACCAUUCAUUCAUACAGUCCGCCGAAUACUACAUACCAACAGCGAACUGAACCUGUAACCAUGGCUUUAACCCAAGUGCAACAACACCAACCACAAGAACAACAGCAGAAACCUACUCCACAACCAAUAGCAACGGCAACAACAACGGCAGACACCAAAACAAAAAUGAUCAAGAAAAUAACCACACACCCCACCCUCCCCUCACACCGCCGUGAAAUCUACCUUGCCUUGCUAUCCGUCCCCGCAGGCCGCUGGACCACCUACGCUGCGCUUGCCAAGCACAUUGGUACCAGUCCACGAGCAGUCGGCGCUGCGAUGCGUCUGAACCCGUUUGCACCGGAGGUACCUUGUCAUCGGGUGCUAGGUGGUAACGGGAAGCUGUUGGUAGGGUACUCGGGUGCUGAGGCAUCGGGAGGGGGAAAGAAGAAAGCGAAAGAUGGUGUGGGGAUGAAGAAAAGGAUGUUGGAGGAGGAAGGCGUUGAGUUUACUACGGAAGGGAUGGCGAGGGGUUUGUGUUUUGAGGGGUUUGGGCUGGGUUAGUUGGCUGUAAGGAGAUAUGAGGUAUGGUUUUUCUGCUGAAUGAUAUGGAGGUCUGUACAUUAAGGGAUAAUGAUUAGGAUAGUAAUACUUGUAUCUAGUUGUGUUUGGGGCGAACAUACCACACUCACCUGUAUGGAAUGCAAUGGCGCAAGACCCCUUGAUUACUACAGUUAUCAUAUCAUACACAAAAAUAGAACCGAAUUUCCACCACUGCUGUUGCAAUCAAAAUGGGAUGCAUUUGACAACUUGCUAAAAUUCUCAUUGUAUGAGAGGAAACUAACGCAGGAGACCCAGUG